AUGGAGGCUCAGGUCGAGAGCGUCGUCGGGAUUCUUUCCAACCCCACCUCCGAUCCCGCCCUCAAACAGCAAGCCUUCGAAUACCUAAAUCAGCUAAAAGCCGACCCUCAAGGAUGGCAACCUUGCACCACGCUCUUCGCUCGAACACCGCGGACAGAAGAGGUGGUGCGUCUUGUCUGCCUCGAGGUGGUCAACUAUGCCGUACACACACAGGGCCUUGACCCUACGAGUCUUGCGUUCCUCAAAGACACCCUCCUCCAGUACUGCCGCCAGACGUACGGCCCCAACGCCCAGCAGGAGCCUGAUGCUGCGCAUCUCCAGAACAAGCUCACGCAGACAUUGACCUAUCUGUUCGUGUUCCUCUACCAAGACGGGUGGCAGAGCUUCCUCGACGACUUCAUCGAGUUGACAGGUCUCUCUACAAACUCGGACAAUGUCCCGGGCGUCGUCUUUUACCUCCGAAUCCUCGGCUCCAUCCAUGACGAGAUUGCCGACAUGCUCCUGACACGGCAGAGCAGCGAGACCAAGCGGAAUACAGAGCUCAAGGACCAGCUCCGGGCACAGGAUAUCCGCAAGGUGUCCGAGUCCUGGAAGCAGCUGCUCACACGAUACGGGAACAAUGAUACUGUCGUGGACCUCGUCCUCAAGGUCCUUGGCAAGUGGGUCAGCUGGAUGGACAUCUCGCUGGUUAUCAGCCAGGACAUGCUCGGUCUCUUGCUGCCAGUGGUCGGGCGGUCCAACACCUCGGGGAGCGAGGACAAGGUCCGCGACACAGCCAUCGACACCCUGAACGAGAUUUGUGGCAAGAAGAUGCGCUCGGGAGACAAGAUGGAGAUGAUCUCCUUCAUCAAUCUGCAGGAAAUUGUCGAACAGUUAGUUGCUAGCCCUCCCUUGAGCGAGUUCAAGGGAACCUCUCGAUACGACACGGAUCUGGCCGAGGCAGUUGCCAAGCUAGUAAACACGGUCCUCUCCGACAUUGUACGGGCUCUCGAGGACAGCCAGCUCAGUGAUGACACCCGCGCCAGGGCGAACCAGCACCUCAAUGGGUUCCUCCCUUUCCUCCUGCGCUUCUUCUCGGACGAGUACGAUGAAGUCUGCUCGUCCGUCAUCCCAGCGCUGACAGACCUGCUCACCUUCCUUCGUAAACUUGGCCAGCUUCCUCAAGACUACGCCAACAUGCUUGCCCCGAUCUUAGAUGCCAUCAUUCGCAAAAUGAGAUACGACGAGACAUCCAACUGGGGCAACGAGGAUGAGCUGACUGACGAGGCCGAGUUUCAGGAGCUGCGGCGGAAACUCCAGAAUCUGCAGAAGUCUAUUGCUGCCAUCAACCAGACCUUGUACAUGGACAUGCUUAGCAAUCUCGUUGCCACCACGUUCCAGACACUCGACCAGCAGGGCUCUCAUAUGGACUGGAGAGAUCUGGACCUCGCCUUGUACGAGAUGUAUCUCUUUGGCGAGCUUGCCCUUCCUAACCAGGGUCUGGGAACCAAGAAUCAGCCUUCCAGUGAAGCCUCAGAGAGGCUGGUGGUUAUGAUGAAGAAGAUGGUCGAAUCCGGUAUUGCCAACUUCUCCCACCCGGCUAUUCUGCUCCAGUACAUGGAGAUCUGUGUCCGAUACUGCGUUGUCUUUGAGAAUAACGCACAAUACAUCCCACAAGUCCUCGAGAACUUUGUGCGGCUGGUCCACCACGACCACGUCCGGAUCAAGACUCGGUCGUGGUAUCUGUUCCACCGAUUCAUCAAGCAGCUUAGAGCUCAGGUCGGAAAUGUUGCCGAGACAGUUAUCCAGUCGAUCGGAGAUCUCCUACCCAUCAAGGCCGAGGUCCCAGGCGAGGACGCUGACGAUGACAUGUCCUCGGACGAGUCUGAUCACUCAGCGGAUGCGCUCUUUACCAGCCAGCUGUACCUUUUCGAGGCCAUCGGUUGCAUUUCAUCCACCCAAGGCACGCCAUCUGAGAAACAGGCUUUGUAUGCUAGGUCUGUGAUGGAUCCCCUCUUCACCGAUAUGGAGGCGCAUCUUGAACGGGCCAAGUCUGGAGAUGCCCAAGCUACACUCCAAGUCCACCACAUUGUCAUGGCACUGGGCACUCUGGCUCACGGGUUCUCGGACUGGACCCCAGGCAUUACUUCCUCCAACGCCCAUGGGCCACCUGACAAGGCCGUUUCUGACGAGUUCUCCCGAGCAGCUGAGGCUAUCUUGAUUGCUCUCAACCAGCUGAACUCUUCUGCCGAGAUUCGAACAGCUUGCCGAUCGGCCUUUUCCAAGUUGCUGGGUGUUCUGGGUGCUGCUGUCCUGCCGCAACUGCCUCAGUGGAUUGAGGGCUUGUUGUCCCAAAGCUCUUCCAAGGACGAGAUGGCCAUGUUUCUGCGACUACUGGAUCAGGUGGUCUUUGGCUUCAAGUCUGAGAUCUACGAAGUUCUCAACAUGCUGUUGACACCACUUCUUCAGCGCAUUUUUGGUGGGCUUACGGAGCCCAUUGCCGGAACAGACGAUGAGAUUCAGCUGGCUGAGUUGAGGAGGGAAUAUCUCUCAUUCCUUCAAAUUAUUCUUAACAACGGGCUAGACGGGGUUCUUGUCAGUGAGUCCAACCAGGGCUUCUUUGAACCCAUGAUUUCGUCCAUCAUUGAGCUGGCGAAGACCCUCGAAGGCAACAUUGGAGGGAGCAGACUUGCUUUCACGUUGAUGACACGAAUGGCGGCCAUCUGGGGUGGCCCAGAUAUUGCAGUCAUCUCCCAGAACCCGACCGCCCCGAGCGGUAGUCCUACUCCUGCAUUCCCUGGCUUUGACCAGUUCAUGAUUGACCGAUUCCACUCGACUUGCUGGGAGGUGAUGCGGAAUCCCAACUUCCGACCAUUCCAAGAUGCCCAGACAAAACAAGUCCUUACCGAGAUUGCCGGCUUGGAGCAGGCGAUCUACACAAAGACUGGCGAGGUGUUUAUCCAGUCGCUGCAGAACCAUCUUUUCCCUAGCCUGGGCGUGGACGGCGACGAGUUCUUGCGAUCUCUUACGACAUCAACAGACAAACGGCACUUCUCGUCAUAUCUCCUGAACUUGCUGAAGAGCCGACAGUAG